AUGGAGGAAGUGAUCCCAGCAGUGAAGACCUUGAUACGGGCUGUCAGGUGAGUCAUACAACCUCUCUCACAGCACCCCUACCUGUACCCACAGGGUAUCUACUGGUUCACAGAACCCUUACCUGUACCCACAGGGUACCUACUGGCCCACAGCACCCCUAUUUGUACCCACAGUGUAUCUACUGGCCCACAGCACCCCUACCUGUACCCACAGGGUACCUACUGGCCCACAGCACCCCUAUUUGUACCCACAGGGUAUCUACUGGCCCACAGCACCCCUACCUGUACCCACAGGGUAUCUACUGGCCCACAGCACCCCUGCCUGUACCCACAGGGUACCUACCGGCCCACAGCACCCCUACCUGUACCCACAGGGCACAUACUGGCCCACAGCACCCCUACCUGUACCCACAGGUUACCUACUGCCCCACAGCACCCCUACCUGUACCCACAGGUUACCUACUGGCCCACACCACCCCUACCUGUACCCACAGGUUACCUACUGGCCCACAGCACCCCUACCUGUACCCACAGGUUACCUACUGGCCCACAGCACCCCUACCUGUACCCACAAGGUACCUACUGGCCCACAGCACCCCUGCCUGUACCCACAGGUUACCUACUAGCCCACAGCACCCCUACCUGUACCCACAGGGUACAUACUGGCCCACAGCACCCCUACCUGUGGAACCAGGUCACCUGUCUCCUCUCUGGUCCUCAAGUCGCCACAGUACUUGGGUCUACAGUACUUCCUGUAAUUGUGGCUGUAGUAAGAUGAAUGCCCAGCUCCUCCAGUGGGCUCUGGCCGUUUGCAGUUUCAGCUGACGGUAGGGAAACGUCCAGUUUAGCAUGGUAACUGAGCCUUCCUGCCGCACGCCGGGUUCCCAGCUCUGAUCAGCAAAAUUGUGAUGUGUCCUCACUCAAAUUUUUUUGCAUAAAGCUUACUUCAUAUUUUUGAUUUAAAAAUAAAUAAUAAUCUCACUGCAUCAGAGAUAGCAUACACAAACAUUUUGGCUUUACAGCCUUCUUCAGUGUGCUGGUACAACUCGUUUUAAUUGAAAACAGCAUUUAUAGGGAACACAGGUUCUAAUCAGGGUUGCCACUCAUCUGCCAAUCAGGGAUGUGGCUUCUCUCGUCUACCUGAAUACUUCUCUAGUCUACUGGAAUACUUCUCUAGUCUUCCUGAAUACUUCUCUAGUCUACCUGAAUACUUCUCUAGUCUACCUGAAAUCUUCUCUAGUCUACCUGGUUCCUGGCUCUGACCUUGUCUGUCACGUCAGUCAGUCAGGUGCUGGAUGCCAGGUGACAGUGGAUCCAUGUUAGUGAUACACUGUACAUUUCUGAACUUGAGCACAGCACGCGACAAGAAGUUGCCACCAUCACUCCCACUAAUUGGACAACUUUUGCAAAUGUUUAGUUGUCUGAGUGAGGGAAAUGCUGUAAAUUAAGAGGAUGUUUUUUGAAAGAUUAGACGUUGAGGAUUAUAAUAAAUACUGCUUUGAUGUCAUACAAGCAAACACCCGUGAGUCCAAAUGGGCACUUCACAUUUCCAUAGCAUAAAACUCAUGUCAUAUACAGUGUCAAGGUUUAUGAUCACUAUGUUUGAUGUACAGUUACAAGAUGACAUGGCGUCAUACCCUGGGUUGAGCCUAUAUUUGUCUGUUGUGAAGAAACUUUGCAACGGAACAUGCACCUGAAUACACACACACUCAUUUUUAUGCUCACCAAAAUGACGAUCUCUAGUUCCCCAACGGCACAGCUAGGAGAGCUCAAAAAAGCAUCGUAUAGUUGAAGACUUUCAGUCAUAAAAGUUCAUAGAAAUGAUUUAGGAACUGUGCACACUUUAGAGAGGUGUGUGGCCACUUGAAGACACCAGUUAGUCCUCUCUGGUUAAUUUCCCCAUAAUCUCCAAACUGUUCUCUUUCAAUUGCUACCAUGCUUAUGCUUUUUAUAUUUCUUCUGUAAAAUACAUUUCACUGUAGCCCUAUCCAUAUAGGCCAAUUCCCACGAGUGUAAAGGGUUAAAAGCAGAGUGUAGUGUGUAUGCUGAAGUAUAAACACCUUUCUAUGCCCAUGAGAAAGCAAUAUUGGAAAAACUAUAACCCACUGGACACACACUGGUUGAAUUUCAAUGAAAUUACGGUGAACCAAUGUGGAAUAGACGUUGAAUUGACGUCUGUGCCCAGUGUGAAGGAAUAAGGAAUCAAGGAAAGAAUGGUGUGAGGGAAUGAGAGAAACACAGAGCAAAGCUACACACUAAAUAACAGGCUCUGUGUUUAAGCAUGUCAAUAUCCUGGAGGACUACCUAUAUCCCUCUACACACACACACACACACCACACACACACACACACACACACCGCACACUGGUGCAUUCACGGACACACACACAUACACGCACACACACACACACUGGUGCAUACACGCACACACACAUACACGCACACACACACACACUGGUGCAUACACGCACACACACACACACACACACACGCACACGCCACACUGUGCAUCAUACACGGGACACACCACCAUACACGCACACACACACACACGCACACUGGUGCAUACACGGACACACACACAUACACGCACACACACACACACACACACGCACACACACACACUGGUGCAUACACGGACACACACACAUACACGCACACACACGCACACACACACGCACACACGCACACUGGUGCAUUCACAGACACGCAUACACACACACACGUUUUCCACUGAGGGAGGCAGAAAAAACUAUUGCCAGCAAACAUCUGUCAGUGAGGCAGGUAGGUUGGUCUGUGGGGAUUUGGUGUGAGUGGAUUAUAUUGAAUCACUAACAUGUCCCUAGGGUAUAUUAUACUGAAUCACUACCUGGUCCCUAGGGUAUAUUACAUUGAAUCACUACCUGGUCCCUAUGGUAUAUUAUGCUGAAUCACUACCUGGUCCCUAGGGUAUAUUAUACUGAAUCACUACCUGGUCCCUAGGGUAUAUUAUACUGAAUCACUACCUGGUCCCUAGGGUAUAUUAUACUGAAUCACUACCUGGUCCCUAGGGUAUAUUAUACUGAAUCACUACCUGGUCCCUAGGGAUAUAUUAUACUGAAUCACUACCUGGUCCCUAGGGUAUAUUAUACUGAAUCACUACCUGGUCCCUAGGGAUAUAUUAAACUGAAUCACUACCUGGUCCCUAGGGUAUAUUAUACUGAAUCACUACCUCAUUCAACCAUACAGACACACAGCAUCUUUCAUAUUGCGUCAGACUGUUUGUGUUUCCAUGUAUACACUGUGUGUAGUAUAGUAUGCUGUAGGUGUGAGGGGUUAUGUGAGUGCAUGUGUUUGUACUGUAUGAAAGGGAUAGUGGAUUGGGACUGGAUUCAUUUGAGGCUGGGCCCUAGUUAGUACCAUGCUUGCACAUGAAAGCGUAAACGUUAUUACCUUACAAAGAUACCAACAGAAUCAGCCAGGUAGGACAUACUGAACUGUUGUGGCUUUGUGAGUAGUUACUGAAUAAUAUGCUAAUCGUUUUUCCCAUUGUUACAAUUAUUUAUUUACACAUAACUGCCAAAAUAAAGGAAACACCAACAUAGUGUUUUAAUGACAGAAUGCUGACUUGCAUAUUCAGUGCUGACUUGCAUAUAUUUGGUCCAGAUCUCAACUUUUCGGUACCGAUGCUAUCUAAAGUGCUUCUCCAUUUCCCCACCUGUAGAUAAUGAUAUAGUGCCAACUAUGCCCCUAUGCCAGGUAGCAGGUAGUAAUAGGGGCAUACUUCAGGCUGACCAUGUAUUAAUAUAACCAUAACACGCGAUCAAGAGAGACUCAGCACUUUGAAGAACCCCUUUCAUUCUUUUUCUUUUUCAUUCCUUUCUACUGUUCCUUACCCUUUCUUUAAUCCACACCUGAGACCCGCCCUGGCAGAAAAAAAUAUGCUUCUACCUGCAAAUUUAAAAAAUACACCCUGCAAAAAUCCAUCCCAAGUCAUCAACAAUGCAUCACGAGUGCUGUGUGAGGAAGGAAGGAAGGAAGGAGGGAGGAAGGGUGUCGACCACCACCCCUCUUUUCCUACGUUUCCCCUUCUACUGAAGAACAGAAGAGAGAGGGAAGAGAGAGGGAAAGAGAGAUGGAGAGAGAGUUUAUGUGUCUGCCAUCAUAACUCUAGAGUUGCAGCACACAGCACUAAACUGCCGUUGCACAUGCAAGCUGUUCAGUCGCCACGUUACACCCUUCCUCCUUCCUGUGUGUGCCACAGGGCUGUGAUGUGGUGUGUGUGUGUUUCACCAACACGCUGACAUUAAAGCGGCCUUAGCCGGUCUGUGUGUGAGAGAUAGGGUUUCCUCAUAAAACAGCCCCCCUCCUCACCCGCCUCGCCCCCCUUCCACUCUCUACACACUCCAACUUACGGAGCAAUCCAUCACGGUGUGGGAUGACCGGUUAAGUGCUUCUGUUUUGCGAUGCUAACAUUUGGCGUUUCCUGUAUUCUGCCGAGCCAGCACCUUAGGAUCCGGGCGAGGGGGGGGGGAGUAGUACAGCCAGCCGCUUCUACUCUCAGUCUCUCCUAUAGUGUGACAAGCAGACAAAACUCUGCCCAAAGCAGUACUGUUGUUAGCCUUGACACUAUUGUACAGGAUGUGCUUGGUCAACACUCUUCAGCCACAACGCACCCUUUACUUCUCUCUAGGAAAGGGCAACUAUUGGUGGAGGGAGGAUGUGAAUAAGAUUAGCUUUGUGCACUGGGGAGUCUGAGCAUCUGUCUCUGCCUGUGCUGUCCCCCCCCCCCACCACACACACACACACAGCUGUCUCACUGAGAGGAGAGGGGUUAGACUAGACACACACAGGGGUCAACCUCUUGUGGUGUGUGUGUGUGUGUUAGGGAGAGAGCACUAAUAGCUGACUUAGCAAAGGGCCAGGGUGUUCAGAAAACCGAGUGUGUCACAAGGUUGUCGAUUAGAGAUAUGUAUACAGUAAGUAUUCUAUACAUGGCUCUAUGUUUCUCAUUGGUAAUACAAGAGCAAUUUCAUUGUCAAAGGUCACAACAAAGAGGAAUCCCUGUGGUACUCUCCAGUGGUUUCCUUUUAUGAGGCUAUUUGUGAAUGAUAUUGGUAAGGUCACUUUGACUGUAAAUCCCACUUAAUCACACCUAUGUAGUUACACUGAUGAAGCACAGGACUCGUUUCAUGGUUAAACGCUUUUGCAGUAUUCACAGAUUUCUUUCUGCAGUGUGAGGCACACACUGGCGACACAUUCUAGUAGAUUUCUACUAAUGUUUGUGUGUGUGUGUGUGUGUGUGUGUGUGUGUAGGAUUCUGAAGUUCCUGGUGGCCAAGAGGAAGUUUAAGGAGACUCUGCGUCCGUACGACGUGAAGGACGUCAUAGAGCAGUACUCUGCUGGACACCUGGACAUGCUGGGGAGGAUCAAGAGUCUACAAACCAGGUACACACACAUACAUACACAGCCUACAACAGUUGGAAACACAGUGGAUUCAUACCCCACACACUCCAUCACCAGUACUAACCAUACCACACCAGUAAAUGAACCAUUUUGAUAGAUGGUUGUUGAUUGUUGUGUGUUGUCCUGGUCCUCCCCAGAGUGGAUCAGAUAGUGGGUCGUGGAUCGUCCUACCAGCCGGAUAAUAAGAAGGUGAGGAGUGAGAAGGGAGAGAAGACCCCUCCAGAACUGGACCUUAUGGACGAGCUCAGUAUGAUGGGACGGGUCAUUAAGGUGGAGAAACAGGUACAGAGCUCCAGUACGGUAGGACCUCAGCUCAUCAUCAUGUUAACGCACGCCUUCUGCCACACCCACCACCUAAGCCCCAUUUUGAGGCAGGAAAAACCCUGAUUAUCAAUGCAUGGCUUUCAUUAUAGAAUAUUAACCCAAUGUAAUAUAGGGGUGAUGUGACUGCAUGAUCGCUCAGGUGCUUAGACAGUAUACUUCUGAGUGAAGGUGGGUGGGAAACACUUCAUUUACAUUACAGACCUGUUUCAAAUGGUAUUUGCCUGGUGAUUAAUUAUUUAGGUCAUUCUUUGGUAAUUACUAUGUAAUGACCUUUUCAUAUAGUUUGUUAGAAAAUACCAGGUAAAUGAUAGACGUUUUUAUUUUUACAGUCUAUCUGACCUUAUUAUUCCAUUGUGUAUAUUAGUACAAAACAUAGCUAGUACUAAUAACAUAGUUGAACAUUACAUUUUUGUGACUUACGUUUAUCUUGUGAUUCUUGUAUAGCGUUUUUAUCUUGUUGUUUCGUCGGUGUGUACAGGUGCAGUCGAUAGAGAACAAGCUGGACCUCCUUCUUAACUUCUACACACAGUGUCUGAAGAAAGGCUCGUCCAACUUCACCCUGUCCUCCCUGUUAGAACCAGACCUGACGUCAGACUACCACAGCCCCACGGACCACCGCGACCUCUUCCCCUCUGCCAACACACUCAACAUCUCCCACUCAGAUUCCAGCAAUAUGGAGUGA